AAAAGCCACGAGAUGUGGGAAUCGCUGGCGAUAGGGAGGAGAAUCGCGACAGAGGCGCGGGGACGGCUCGGAUCAGGCACCGCGCGGGGCAGCUCUGUUGCUAUGGCAGCGGGGGGCCUUCCUUGGGAACGACGCGCGGGCAGCGCCGUCGCUAUAGUAACGGUGGCUUUACAAUCAGGCGCUAAGCAGGGCAGCUCUGUCUCCUUGGCGGCGGGGGCCUUCCUGAGGGCUCGCAGUAUGGCGCCGCCCAUGGCAAGCGCGGGGCCGGGGCCCGGAUCGGGGCAGGACUGAGCCCAGAGCGCCCCGAGCCCGCAGCGGGCACGUGGGGCUUGGGAUCCCCUGGGACCGGUGGACGAAGUGGGACGCGCCAUGGCUGCCAAGGCCCGGAGCAGGUUACCAGAUCCUAUUGAGGAUGUGCUUGGGGACCUCCUGGGAUUUGAUGAGGAACCCCCGGCUCCCCCUUCCCAAGGUUCCUGUGCCCCCUUCCUGCAGGUGAGCCCCAGGGGGGGCCUGGAUGGAGAUUCCAGAGGGAAAUUCCUGACAGAGAGCGUGGAGGGGCUGAAGGAGCUGGAUCAACCGGAUAAGCUGGAUCACGUGGAUGAGCUGGAUGAGCUCGAUGCAGAAAUCCUGGGAAUCGCCAGAGUCAGGUCCAGGCCGGGAAAACACGCUGGGAAGGGGCUGGGAAAAGAUCCCAAGGAUCCUCUGGAGAAGCCAUUCCUGGGGGAGCUGGUGGGGCCCAGGAGCAGCUCUGGGAACAAAGCAGGACAGAGCAAGGACAGUGCCCUGGCCCUGCCACGUCCCGAUGCCACCUUUGGGGACGACGUUGAUGACCUCGUGCAUUCCCUGGGCCUCGGGAACAGCGCCGAUGGAGCUGGGAACGCGCCGGGAGCGCCGGGGGGCCAGGGGAUCCCAAGGGACCACGCCAGGCUCCAGGGACAAACCCCAGAGCAGCCGGGAAAGGCGGAAUUCCAGCCGGAAUCCAAGGAACAAAGGCUGGACGGGUGCCAGGAUCUGCCGGAUUUUCCCUUUGGCUCCUAUGAGCCCUCGGUGGCCUCAGGAACUGCACGGAGACGGGGACGGAGGUUUCCAGUGGGGAGCAGCUCCCGAUGUCCCUCUGGGGCCGCCUGGCUGGGGCUGAAGGACGAGGAUUUCCUGGGACUGGGAUCAAAGGAUGAGGAUUUCCCACAAUUGGGAUCAAAGCAUGAGGAUUCCCAGGGACUGGGACAGAAGGAUUCCCAAGGAGUGGGACAGAAGGAUUCCCAAGGAUUGGGAUCAAAGAAUGAGGAUUUUCAAGGAUUUGGAUUGAAGGACAAGGAUUCCCUGGAACUGGGACAGAAGGACGAGCAUCACCUGGGCUCAGGUGUGCUGGCACGGAGGCGAUCCUGGGCCGAGGCUCCAGAGCAGAAUUCCCACCCCUGGAGGGUCCCGGAGUCCCCCGAGCCUAGCAGGCUGGAAUUCCCUGGCAGGACACAGCCCCGCCCCCAGGCAGCUGCAGCAGCGCUGGAGGUGCCGGCGAUGGCCCCGCCCACCAAGCAGGAUCCCGAGGCUCCUCCAGCCCAGCCCUGCCUGGAGAAUUCCCGAGCUCUCCCAUCCUGGCUCUGCCCAGAGCCUCCCAGAGCUUUCCCAGCCCAGAAGCACCAGCAGGAUCCAGGAUUUCUCCCAUCCCAGCAGGAUCUGGGAAUUCUCCCAUCCCACCAAUCCCAAAAAUAUCCAGGAGUUCUCCAAUCCCAUCCAUCCCAGCAGGAUUUGGGAAUUCUCCCAUCCUAUCAAUCCCAGAAGGAUCCAGGAAUUCUCCCAUCCCAUCCACCCCAGCAGGAUCUGGGAAUUCUCCCAUCCCAUCCAUCCCAGAAAGAUCCAGGAAUUCUCCAAUCCCAUCCACCCCAGCAGGCUCUGGGAAUUCUCCCACCCCAGCAGGAUCUGGGAAUUCUCCCAUCCCAGCCCCACCCGGAUUCCCAAACUCUCCAAUCCCAUCCUGGAUCUGGGAUCUCCCUGUGCAGCCUUCAGGCCCGGCUGGAGGAGCUGGAAAAUCAGGUGCGUUCCCUGGAGCGGGAGCGGGAGCAGCAGGGCCGGCUCCUGGGGGAUCUCCUGGAGAGCUCCCACAGAUCCCAGGAUCCCCCCACAUCCCAGGAUCACCCUGGAUCCCAGAAUCACCCCAGAUCCCAGGAGCAGGAUGAGCAGCUCACAGUGCUCCAGGACCGGCUGUGCCGGCAGCAGCGGGAUGCAGAGCGGGAGCAGAGCCGGCUCCAGGAGGCCGUGGCCAACUUGGAGAGCAGGCUGGGAGAGAGGGAGCAGCUCCUGGAGCAGGAACGCCGCAGAGCCGCUGCCGAGCGCUCCAGGGCGGAUUCCCUGCGGGAGGCGCUGGAGGAGCAGCGCCGGCUCUCGGCUCAGCUGCUGGCCAUGGAGAGGGCAGCGCUGGACGAGGCCAAGGCUGCAUGGCUGGAGGAGCAGCAGGCAGAGCUGCGGGAUCGCUCCGAGGAGCGGCGGCGGCUGGCGGCUGCCUGGGCAGAAUUCCACACCCGGGAGCGGCUGAGCCGGGAGCGGGCGGAGCAGGACAAGGAGCGAGCCCUGGGCAUGGACUCGGCGCUGAGGAGCCUGGCCAAGGAGCAGGCAGAGCUGAAAUUCCGGAGCCGGGAGCUGAGAUCCAAGGAGGAGGAGCUGGAGAGGGACAGGGAGGAGCUGGAUGAGGCCUGGAGGAAGCUGAGGCUGGAAAAGGAGAAGGUUCAGCGGGCUGAGCAGCGCCUGAGGGAGAGGGAGGAGCAGAUCCAUGCCCUGGCCCAGCAGGAUUCCCAGCAGGCUCUGCAGGAUGCUCGGAUCCUCCAGGCCGAGCAGCGGCUGCGGCUCCUGCAGGAUCAGCAGGAUCAGCUCGGGCAGGAGGAGCAGCGGCUGCAUCAGGCAAGUCCCUCCCUCCUUCCUCAUCCCUCUCCCUCCUCUUGCUCCCUUUUCCCACCUCCUGUCCCUCCUUUCCCGCAGGAGCGGCUGAGCCUGGCCCGGCACAGGGAGCAGCUCCAGCAGCUCCGGGCUGAGCUGUCCCCAGCUGCAGGGACACGGCCGGGGCCAGUCCCCAGCCAUGGGCCGGCUGAGGUUCCACCCUUCCCGGGAUGGGUUUUGGGGGAUGCUGGAGCCCCAGAGCUGCUCUGGGGAACUCCCAUGUCCCCGUCUGCAGCUGCUUCCGUGGUUCCCGGGCUCCUGCCCCCCUUGGGGAUGGUCCUGGGGGGAAACCGGGACACCCUGGGCUCGGCCGCGCUCUACGGACACCUCCUGGUGCUGAAACAGCGAGCACGGAUGGACCACGAUUUCCUGGAGAAUGAGCGGCACUUCCUGGAAUCCCUGAAGAAAGGGCCCUGAACGCUCCCUGCAUCCCUGGAGAUCACCCACAGACCCCACGGGUGGGAUUUACAAACAGAGAAAUGUAUUUUUGUACAAAUAAACUCGUU